GCCACAACUAAGUUGCAUGUCUUGCAACUUGGGCAUCGCACGCAACCCCAACCUCAAUCGUCAUAGCACGGGCAUUUGAUUGAAUCUCAACGCAGUUUCAGGGCCAUGCCCGGCGCGGAUGGAUUGUGUGCAUCAGCCGCGGCAUUCCUCAGGAGUGAGACGCCAAGCCAGCCCUGACCAUUUUGAUUCCAGGCCAGCCAUUCGCGACACGGUGCGAAGAUCGCGGCUUGCUGCUGUGGAAGCGGAGGAGGAUGUUGCAGUGAAGCUGGUUCACAGGCUUACCAGCCAAUCCCCGCCCUUGCGAACACCGCGGGCCUCUGGGGGUGUCAAGAAUCGCCUGCAGGAGGAGCUUCAAACGCCAGAGCCCAUUGCCCGGGUAGAAGUUGGCCACCGCGAGGUGGAGGAACCAAUUGUACAGCUGAAGGAUGUUGAAGCAUUGCUGGCUGACUUCACGGACGAGUUGUGCAGCUUGGAGGCCGGUGUGGCGCUGUACUUCUCCCAGCAGUCGCAAGAAGUGCAGCGCCUCAACGGUGAGUUGCAGGAGUUGCGCUCUGCGUUUGCAUCAGGAAGGCGAAACUUCCCUGAAGACUUGUGGGCAAAGUCUGCUUCGGCUGUGCAGGCCAGCCACUGGGUUGCCGCCGGUGCAGAGGCUACAGCCAAGACCUUCCGACUGCUGGCCGAUGCGCAAAUGCCUGUGGAGGUCCAGAUGCCAUUGCUUUCAGAGCCUCCUUUUCGAAGCGUAGGAGAACCCACGACGUCCACGGCCUCCACGUCCGUCCACCUCCUCCGUGAUGAAGAAUCCUUGAUGAAUACGGUGCAAGCGCGCAUCGCUGAAGUUGCAAGGUCAUUUACCGGUCAAAGUUCCUGGCCCGGACGUUUUCAUGCCACAGUGGAGCUGCGAUUUCUGGAGGAGGUCAAUUUGAUCCAAGAGAGCCUGAGAGAAGUGCGGCGCCAAAGGCAGCGCCGCCACCAGCUGCUCUUGGAGGCAGCUCGAAGCCUCCUUGAAGACCUGGGCUGCGAGCCUGUCACCCCGCAGGACUCUCCAAGCUCCGCAAGCAGCACAGUGACCCUUUUGGCCGCUGUGGCGUCUGGCUGAGUCAAAAGGAUUUGGCCGGAAAAACGGUUGCUGGGGAGCAAAACAGGAGGAUAGGCAGGUGAGAACGGGUGGGUCCGAAAAAAUAAUCAGCGAAGUGGAGUUCCUAAAGCAGUAAUCACUGACAGGUUUCUACAUGUUUCUACACCGAUUCUACACCUAUACAUCUUAAGUCUAGGGCCAGGAUUGGGUGCACAGACACCAUCCCGUCACACCACUUUUAACAGUCCGGCUGAAGAGCCAAAACGGACAGUGGAGUUUCUGUUUGAGUUUUGUUCAGCUUUUGUGUGCGAGCGACGCAUUUGCUUAUGGCAGUGAGUCCUGGCAUUGAUGUUGCUAUCUAUAUGAUGUCCAGGUGCUGUCGCGCGGCAUGCGUGGCUGCACCGAUGGUCGGCGCUUGUGCAACAGAACAAGCGCAUUCUGGGAUGACCUGCACUUUGCAGCCUCCAAUCAUGGCUCAUAUCACUCUAUAUUUGACCAAUGUUCUCACUGAGUGGCAGCCUCGCCAUGCCAGUGUGCUUAAGUCAUUUAGUCAGGCAAAGACGGCGUCUUCAUAUCAGAUUAAUCGCAGGAGCCACCCAGACCUGAUUCUCCGUUCGUUGAAAAGGAGGGUUUAUAGGGAGUGGAUGCCCUCACAUGGCAACUGGUCGAUUGUAAUUAGUGGGGAGGGUCUUG